AUGAAGGGCGUACUCGUGUGGUCCAUCCUGAGCGCAGGUUGUGCUCUUGCCGUCACCCCUCUUUCCAGCGUUAAGCGCGUCACCAACCUCCCCAUCGUCGCCAACAAGUUCAUCGUCGAAGUCGACAGCACUUCUGAUAUACCUACCAAGCGUUCGAACCCCCAUGAUGCCCUCUAUGAAUCGUUGAGGAAGAGAGCCAUUGGCUUUAAGGUUGACAGAGAAUUCAACACGCAGGGCCUCUUCGUUGGGGCAGCUUUGACGCUCUCGGAUGCCCAAGACGUCGCACAGAUCCAAAGUACGACCGGUGUAAAAAGUAUUCGGCCCGUCCGAGCGUUCGACCGACCCAAACCGGUCAAGGUGCAAGUUGUCAAGGGCCCUGACGAUCCGGCUCUCCCACCCGACUCAGAGUCCACUCACGUCAUCACCGGCGUUGACAAGCUUCACGCGCAAGGAAUCACCGGUGCUGGCAUUAAGAUUGGCAUUCUUGAUACGGGUAUUGAUUACACCCACCCAACGCUCGGAGGAGCUUUCGGCCCAGGAAAUAAGGUUAUCGGCGGAUUCGACUUGGUCGGUGACGACUAUGACGGAACCAAUACGCCCGUUCCAGACCCAGACCCUUUGGACCAAUGUGCAGGUCAUGGCACCCACGUGGCUGGCAUCAUUGGCGCUAAUCCCGACAAUGCGUUCAACAUCAGUGGUGUUGCCUUCCAGGCGUCUUUGUCUGCAUACAGAGUGUUCGGCUGCGUAGGGUUCGUCACAGACGACGUCCUCGUUGACGCUUUGUUGCUCGGAUUCAAUGAGGGUCAAGACAUCCUCACCCUUUCUUUGGGAGGCGCUGAUGGCUGGACGGAGUCGGUCAGUGCAGUCGUUGCCAGUCGUAUCGCGGCCACAGGCAAAGUUGUCACCAUCGCAGCUGGAAAUGACGGCGCAUCUGGCGCAUGGUACACUUCAAGCCCAGGAAAUGGUAUCGAUGUCAUCUCUGUGGCAAGUUUGGACAACACUGUCGUCCCUCUUCAAACUGCCCAAGUACAUGGCGUGACACACGAUCCUAUAAUCUACCAAGACACGUUCCCCUUGCCAAUCAACGACACUCGUCCCAUCUUCGCGACCUCAACUGAUCCCACUGUGGUUGAUGACGCGUGCAACCCUCUCCCUGACAGUACCCCCGACCUCUCCGGCUUUGUUGUCAUCGUCCGACGAGGUACCUGUACUUUCGUUCAAAAGCUUGGAAAUGUUGCCGCAAAAGGUGCCAAAGUCACCUUGAUCUACGACAACGGUAGCGGGUUUGGUGCUAUUGAUACCGGUGCAUUUGUCGCUUCUUUCAUCCAAGCAGCGGAUGGUGAAUUCUUGGUCCAACAAUUCGCUUCCGGGCAAAACGUCUCCCUUUCGUUCCCUCAAUCUGGCGGGCUCAUCCAAUUCCCCGACCCCGCUGGAGGCCUCAUCUCUUCAUUCACCAGCUAUGGCCCCUCAAAUGAUUUCUUCUUCAAGCCUGCUGUCGCUGCUCCCGGAGGAAAUAUCCUGUCCACCCUUCCAGUCAACCUGGGCCUCUUCGGGAUUGAAUCUGGCACAUCGAUGGCAACGCCAUUCGUCGCUGGAAGUGCUGCGCUUUUGUUCCAGGCCAAAGGAACGUCAGCAGCUGUCGGCAGAAGCGCACGAACGCUCUUCGAGACCACUGCGCAACGCGUUCCCUCAACUCACACCGACGGCGAUCCAUUGCAAACUCUGACCCAACAAGGCGCAGGUUUGAUCAACGUGUUCAACGCCAUCCACACGACGACUAUUGUCUCCCCCGGAGAGUUGAUCUUGAACGAUACAGCUCACUUCAAGGGAACCCAACAAUUCACUGUUCGGAACGCCGGAUCAUCCGCCAAAACCUAUACGCUGAGGCACAUACCAGCAGGAACAGCAGUUACCGUCACUCCGGGUACCAUAUUCCCUGCUGAUGGCCCAGUUCCCCUCUCCACGGACUUCGCUUCCGUCUCCCUCAGCACAUCCAAAUUCACCCUUGCCCCAGGAAAGACCCAGACCGUCACCGCACGAUUCACUCCCCCGGCUGCCGCAGACCCUUCGACUUUCCCAGUCUUCUCUGGUUUCAUCCAGAUAGCAAGCGGCACGGAGCAAGUUCAGGUAUCGUACCUUGGCUUGAAGGCAUCGUUGAAAGACAAGCAAGUCAUAGACAACACCGACUUCUUCUUUGGCGUCCCCACACCCGUUCUGACCGACCCGAACGGCGAGGUCCAAACAAGCCCUCGUAACUAUAGCUUCCUGGCUUCGGACUUCCCCACAUUGAUCUUCCGACUUGCGUUUGGCUCACCCAAGGUCGUGGUUGACCUCGUUUCCCCUACCAUCAACUUCAAGCCCACAUUGAACACCCGUGCUCUGGGCGACACCCAUGGCUCGUUCUUCUCCUUCCCCCACCGCGUCAAGACAGGUUCCUUUGCUCAAGUCCCAACUCUCGGAACUGUCUUCGAACUCGACUUUACCAGCCGCAACAAUGACGACCCCAACGACAACGGUUUCAAUACCGUCGCCAUUGACCCUCCGACUUUCGCAAACGGUACGACCAUCCCUAAUGGUCAAUACCGUCUCUUGCUUCGUGCUCUCAGGGUGACCGGUGAUCCUACCAAUGAGGCUGACUUCGAGAGUUUCCUCAGUCCCAUCAUUGGUGUCAACGCUCCUUGA